AUGCAUAUCAAGUCUCAAGAUCAAUUAAAAACUGAAGCCUCUAUUGCGUCUACAAGAAAUGUGAACGGGCGGGCCGACGGACAGGGUAGCGGCAAUAUCGUAACGACGAUGAUUUUGAAGACGACUAUUUUGAUGUGUUGUUGUUUUUUGGUAUUUGGUGAAUGGCAGAGUAUAUUACCAUGGCAAGUUAAAACAACUUUAUUAGAACUGUCUGAUCAGUUUGAUAUUCAAUCUGUAAGAGGAACACCCAAACAAAUUUAUAGACACGAUUUAACAGACGAUUAUGUAGCAUAUUGGUAUAUAGAGAUUAAUAAUGAUGGAUAUGUUAUUCUAUCAUCCAGUUCCAAAACAGGUGAUUAUAAACUGGUAAUACAAGGUAGUGCACCAUCAAUGUUAGAUCAAGUUGAUAAAAUGGCGUUGUUAAAGAAGAGUAAAUGUAGUAAAUAUUAUAUGAUGACCCCGACACCAGAUAUUGAUAUAGCUUGUUAUUCUGAUCAUGAACAGAUGAUAUUCCAUAAGAAUAGCGUCCACUAUACCAAAGGCGACUACAGUACACUUAAAAAACUGUGGGAAAACCAAAGACAAGAUGUAACCAGGGAAGGUAUCUGGGAAAAGUCCAUAUUUAAUAAACAUCAACAGGCCUCGUAUUAUCAUGUUAUCGAAGAUAGUCAUAAAAUCGUCGUUGGCGACAACCAUCAAAUCGGUAUCAAAUCUAUGAAUGACGGAGAAGUUACCUCAGAAGAAAGUCAAGCUAAAUUAUGUGUCCUUCUUACGAUUUGUCAUCCCGAUGAUAAUAAAUUAGUAGAUUCUUCCAAGUUUGGUAAAACCAAGUAUGGACAGACUUUCCUUGAGAUAUAUGAACCAGAAAAAUCUAAGAACGUUCAUCAUUUUGAAAUCGCUGGACAGGACCAAGGCGAAGAAUAUGGACGGAAAUUGAUGAUCGACACACUUCAGAGGCAGAAGCGUCAAACCACCAGCUGGACCUACUAUUCCAUCAAUGAUGAAAAUCUCUUUCCUGAUUACAACCAACACGAGCACGACUGUAAACCAAAUGGAAAAUGUUGCGCAGUUGGUUGUGGCCCAGUGGCCUGGGCUAUGAUUUUAGGUUAUUAUGAUCGACGGUCUCAUGAAAAGAGCGGAACAUACGGUACCGGAAGUCAGUCGCUAUACGGAUGUGGCACAGAUGCUACAUUCGGAUCUUAUAGUUGUAAAGCUCCAUCAUAUACAUCUAGCACAGUCAAGAAGUUGACAGAAUACCUCAACGAUGAUCUGAAAACAUUCUGUAUCACUGGACAAGGGGCAACUACGCAGGGUAACAUGAAGAAAAUUGAAAGAUAUUUCAAUUCUCAUCAAACCUCGGGUAGCCCCUCUGUAACGAUCCACACUAAGGGGCUUUCUAGUCUAGUUGGAACAUAUAAUGACGGCAUUCGAGAUUCAGCUUUGAGCUACCUUCGUUCUAAAUGGCCAGUUGUUGUUGGUAUUAGAGUUAGUGGCAUAUUUUCACAACACUACCCUGUUGCUACUAAAUACAGGAUUCGACAAAAACGGGAAUGCAAGAAGAACCUCUGGGGCAAGACGAAAUGCAAGAAUAUAACAGAGAGAGACAUGUACCUACACAUGGGUUGGGGAGGAAGUAGUAAUGGUUGGAGGGCAGCUAAAAUGUUCUUCGCUGGCGUUGCCCGCUACUGAAUUUUAUUUCUAUGCAAAACAGUUUUUCUUAAUUGUAUAUGCCUAAAACGCUCUUCCAUUAUUUCUUGUCUUCUUAUACAUGAAAAGAAUAUAACCGCUAUAUUUGAUUUU